CAACGGUAUCAGCUGGUAUCAGCAUUACUAGCAGACGUGGAUUCACUCGGUCGUGAGCGUCGUGAGUCUUCAAUAACUGUGGCCGUCCUCGUCGAUAUUUAGUAGGUUAGAAUUUUUGUGAUAUUUAUAAAAGUCUCAAGACGAUGAGAAUACCACUCGCGAUAGCAUGCGUGUUUUUGGGCUGCUGUACCAAUGUCGUAUUUCUUGAGCUGUUGGUUAAAGAGGACCCUGGCAGUGGAAACCUGAUCACGUUUUCUCAAUUUUUCUUCAUCGCCUUGGAAGGAUUCCUUGUCACAUCAAAAUGUGGUACUGUCAAGCCAAGGAUUGGAAUAAAGGAUUACAUGAUCCUAGUGUCAAUGUUCUUCGUUUCUAGUGUUUGCAAUAAUUAUGCGUUUGACUUUAAUAUACCCAUGCCUCUUCAUAUGAUAUUUAGAGCGGGUUCUCUAAUAGCUAAUAUGAUUUUGGGAAUACUAAUUCUUAAGAAGAAAUAUACCUUUAGCAAGUAUUUAUCUGUGCUAAUGAUCUCUUUUGGGAUUGUUAUAUGUACUAUUAUUAGUGGUGCAGAUGUGAAAUCAACGCAACCUGUAAAGGGUGAUUCUUUACCGACCACACCUUGGGAUGAUUUCUUCUGGUGGAUACUUGGAAUUAUUUUAUUAACAGUUGCUCUAUUUAUUUCUGCAAGAAUGGGUAUUUAUCAAGAAGUUUUGUAUGCACGUUAUGGUAAACAUGCUAAGGAAGCUUUAUAUUAUACGCACUUACUCCCAUUACCAUUAUUUAUAACUCUGACUUCUAAUAUAUGGGAACAUACGGUGCUAGCUGUAAACUCUGCACCAAUGGCUGUACCAAUAAUUGGUAUAACAAUGCCAAAGACAAUAUUGUACCUUAUUGGGAAUGUGCUUACACAGUACAUGUGUAUCCGCUCAGUAUUCGUUCUGACGACGGAAUGUCCGUCACUCACCGUCACCCUAGUAAUAACAUUACGAAAAUUCAUAUCUCUAAUCUUCUCUAUAGUAUACUUUCAAAAUCCAUUCACAAUUUAUCACUGGGUGGGUACAGUGCUGGUAUUUACCGGUACUAUAAUAUUCACAGAAUUAGUUCCGAAAAUUCAACAGAGUCUGCAAACUUCGUCCAAAACUGAAAAAGUACAAUAAUAAGCAAAUACAAAAAUAAAAAUGAUGUGCUUACUCGUUUGUUUGUUAAUUUUAAGAAAAAAAAACUCGAGAUGCAUAGCAAAACUGUAUCUUAAGCUACAUUUUUAUUGUCCAAUUACCACUACUCAAUGGACUGAAAAUAUAAAUUCCUACAAAUAA